AUGUCAGAAAUAAAUGUUUCUGAUAUUACAACAGAUGCCCUACCUAAUCCAAGAAAUACAAAUGCAAAUCACAAAGGAUGUGAAACUGUGAUCAAAAAUUUUGAAGAAGGUGAUACUAAUAUUCCCCAAUGUCACGAAUUUAGUAAAAAAACAAAGACGAAAUGCAAUCCAAACAAUUUGAGUCAUCCAUCAGCUUCAGCCACAAUAAUAAACAUAUCGAGAUCAAGAAUUGUACAUAUCGGGGACAACGUGACAUAUAAUAUGAAUGGAGUGAAACAGAAUAAAAAAGCUGACGUUGUGGAGACAUCGAUUAUAAAGGUAUUGAAGGACAGUAAAACGCCUCUAAUGAAAGAAGACUUGUACUUUGCCGCUACACAUAUGGAUACCGAAUGGAAAGGAGUGGCAAGAGCUUUGAAUCUUGGGGAAGGGGAGAUAUCUCAAUUUAUUGCCGAUAAUCAAAUUUAUGGAACUAAAGAAGUAAUAUAUCAAAUAUUAUUAGAUUGGUAUCAGAAUGACCCUAAGGAAGCUACUGUUGGCAAACUGUGCACAGUCCUUUGGGAAAACGACCAGAAACAUGUUGUUCAAAGAUGGAGUCAAAAAAAAGAAUAA